CUCUCGCGACGUUGCGAGUGGAGUGUGUGCCGUCCGUCCGUUCUCCCUGAACCUUUCAUCAGCGGACUACGGUGUAGCGGACGAGUAUCUUGGGCCGAAGAGGAUCGGACACGGAGGAGACGGCCCCGUGGCCAUGUCUUACAGCAGCUGGUCUCUUGGUAGAGGCGGUGUGCCCUUUGGGGGAGGAGGAGGAGGGGGAGGAGGGGGAGAGAGGCAAAGAGACGAGGCUGUCUUUGCCACACUCUUUCCCGUGAACGGAAAAGUUUCUGGUUCCCAAGUAAAGAACAUGUUCCAAGCGUCGGGACUGCCUCAGCAGCAACUGGCCCAUAUCUGGAGGAUGGCGGAUGGGGACGGAGACGGGUGCAUCAACGUGUCCGAGUUCUGUUCCGCCAUGGCCGCGAUACGACAGGCAAAGAUUCAACAGCAGCAGACAAUGUCGCUUCAGUGGCCCAGAGGGAGAGGAAGUGUGAGUGGGAGAUUACAGAGCUAAAGGAGAUUUAUUAAAUAUAGUGCAGAGUUGAAAGAGUUAAAUUUAGUCUCGUGAUCAAUAAUGUGUCAGCUUAUUGUGGCCAGUAGAAAUUGUGUUUUUUAACAUUAUGCCAAGGUUAAACAUAGUCCAGAGUACUUAGAGAGUUAAAUUUUCCGCAGGGCCAUGUGGGGUUAAAACCGAUACAGUCACUGGACCCAUCUCUCAGCCAGUCCGUGCCGAUGAUUGCGCAAUCUCCCCAAGUGGGCGGAGUUGGGCUUGGCGUUUCCUUGGGAACGGUAACCGAGGGGUGGGGGAUUACUCCGGCAGAACGACGUCGUUACGGACUGCAGUUUGGGACCCUGGACAGGUCAAAGACUGGGCACCUGACUGGGAUGGAGGUCAGGCCGGUUUUAAACCAGUCGGGCCUUGAACAAGCUGUUCUUGCUAGGAUUUGGGCGCUGGCAGAUGUCGACAAAGAUGGCCGUCUCUCUCUGGAAGAGUUUGGCAUUGCCAUGCACCUCAUUGAGAAGGCAAAGAAGGGACUCACUCUUCCAGUCACUCUCCCUCCCGAACUCCUCCCUACUGGGGCAUCGUCACAGAAAGAUGGAGUAACUGGUCCCUCGUCGUCUGUCAGCAGUGCAGCAGCAAACACUCCGUCAAGGACGGGCAUGACGUUGGAGGACAAGAUGAGAAAGAAUUUCGACGAAGGGAGGCAGGAGUUGGAGCGACGUAGACGGGCCCUGCAGGAGAAGCAGGAGAGAGAAGAGGCCGAGAAAGAGAGGAAGCGGAGGCAGGAAGAAGAGCAGAGGAGAGCCCAAGAAAUGGAGGCGGAGAAGCGCAGACAAGCGGAGUUGGAGAGGCAGAACCGACGGUCGCUGGAGAUUCAGCGAGAGAGAGAGAGGGAACUGGCGAGGCUGGCAGAGCAGCGAGAGGCCGAGCUCAGGGAAGAGGAGAGGAGGAGGAAGGAGGAGUGGGCGCGACGGAGGCAGGCUGAGCUGGAAGGGGUUAAACAGUGGGAGAUGAAGACGCUGCGAGCGCUGCAGAGUCAGCACUCGAACCUUGAGAACGAGCUUCAACAAUUGGACCAAGAAAAGGUGGCAUCGAGGGACAGCGUCCAGCGACAGAGUAGCCUCUGCAGUGAACUGAGAGCCGUACUUCGCUCCAUACGGCUGUCAGACGAGAUCAAGAGAACGGAGAUCACCAAACUCCGCACCGAACUGCAGGGUCUACAAUCAAAGCUGUCGUCCCUGGCGACGCAGCGAGCACAGCUGCAAGCCUCACUCCAGACACGCAACCCUCAGUCGCACCAGUACCAGAGAGAGAGACAAGUGUACCAAGAUGGAAUAAUGGGAGUGGCAGCUGUGCUGGCCGGUCUCCGUUCCACGCUAAAGUCUGGAACAGAGGCAUACCAGAAGCAGAGGGAUCUGAUGAACAACAACGAAAUGAUGUUGUCUAAUUUGAAGACGGAGCUACAAAAGAGUACUGCUAAAUCUUCGAACCUCAAGGCGCAGGUUGCCCACCAUCGGUCUCUGUGGGAGGAGAGGGAGAGGAGGGGGAGAGAGGCAGCGAGGCUCAAGGAGGAGAAGGACAGGAAGGAGAAGGAGGAGAGGGAGAGACGAGAGAGGAGGGAGAGAGAGGAGAGGAUAAAGAGGGAGCAAGCGGAGGCCCUAAGGGUUGCCAGGGAGACUCGGGCUCAGGAAGAGAAGGCAAAGCAAGCUGCUGAAUUGAACAGGCUGCUGAAAAAGGGAACGACAUCUCCUUCGCCGUCGCCACCGCAACAGGCCACGCCCACUCACGAUUCGACCACGCCAAUUCCGGUCCCACGACCCAAUAAAAAACCGGUAAAACCUGCUCCGUACCAGUUUUCUCCGGCCAGCGAAGCGAUACAGAAGCUGGCGGUGAUUUUGAAAAAGGAGCAAGCAGCGGUUGCUGGCUCUACUAAUGCGGCUGCCGCACCGGGGGGUAAGGGGAAGAAGGAAGCAAAGGAGAAAGAGAAGGAGAAGGAGGUGAAGAAGAAGGUGAAUGAGUUGAAGGAAAAGAAGAAAGAGCUCGAAAAGCAGCAGAAGAGACCUCCAAAGCCAGCCCCGUACAACGUGGACAAGAAGAAACGCGGCUCCGUUCCAACUGCCGCCCCGGCACCUCUCCUCGACAUCGAGUCUUCGUUUGACACCAGCGGACAGCGCAGCGGAUUCGUCCCUAACCCCCAGAGCUUGUUUAACCCCUUACAGCCCCAGAGGGCCGGCUCCGAACCGACAGAGUCGAGCGGCGAAGGCUCGCCGACCAAUCCACCAACUGCGCGACCCAGAAUCCAAUCGGGACAGGCACGGGUGAACCCGGCAGUGGGCGAUAAAGCAAAGCCCACCGUGACCGGGAGUCAAGUUGAGGCACUAUCCACCAAUCUAGAACCGCUAUACGCCACAGUCAACAAGGAUAGGACAAAGACGCGGUCGAGUUUGGACUUUGGCGGGCGGAGAUUGGGCCCAACUGCCUCGGUGUCUCCCCCUCCUAGAGACUGGGUCCUUGUCGGGAAAGAAGAUGUAACGCAGAGCGACAGUGAACAGGUUCCAGCCGCUCAAACGGUGCUAAUUGUCUCGGCCAGACCAACAACUUCUGUUCUUCCCUUGACUACUAGCAGUCCCAAGAGGGUUUCCGCAUCGCCCCUGGUAACGUCUGGCGAAUCUGGCGGACAGGUUCUCUCUGGGUCGUGGGAGAAUAUCCAAUCAGCUGCCAAUCAACCUGGGGGCGAGGGUGUUAAACCACCGUCUCCACGACGACCAGACGCAGAGUCUACGGACGCUAGAAGUUCUGCGACGACACGUGGAGUUAGGUUCAGGGCUUUGUACUCGUUCACAGCCGAACAAGAGACGGAGCUUUCGCUCAACGAAGGCGACCUCGUCGAUGGGAUACCAGGAGAGUUACCUAGCAACGGGUGGCUCUUGGUUGAGGUCAGAGGUCAACGAGGUCUCGUUCCAGAGGCGUAUUUGGAGGAGACGGGUGGAGAGGGGGGAGGAGGGGGAGAGGUGGAAAAAAAGAGGGACAGCAGCUUGGAGAGGAAACUAGCUGCUGCCAGUGGAGAUGUAGAACAAGCUGCUCCCGAAGAGAAAGCCAAAGUUCUGUACAGUUGGAAGGGAUCGAAGGACAACCAUCUCGUCAUUAAGAAGGGCCAGUUUGUCAGAGUCUUGAGCAAGAGAGAGAAGUGGUGGUCGGGGGAGGUAGAGGGGAGGGUGGGUUGGUUUCCAAAGACGUUUGUGAAACCGGUGGUGGAGAAGGAGGAGGAGGAGGGAGGAGGUGUGGGGAAGACAGGAACUGAAUCUCAACCUUCCUCGGCUCAAGCAAAGCCCUCGCCAGAAGCCACACCCACUCCCUCAUCAUCAACCUUGGUUACCAAGGAGCUGUGUUGCGGUCUCUAUGACUACGAUAGCUGUGAACCUGGCGACCUCCAGUUCAAAGCCGGCGACAUCAUUGAGGUGACAAGUAAGGAAGGGGAUUGGUGGAAAGGAGGUUUGAACGGAAAAUUUGGAGCCUUUCCCGCAAAUUAUGUGGAGCCUCAUGUUGUGGAGCUAGAGAGGCGCCCCUCCUCUCCCUCUCCAGCCUCGCCUCCGAUGUCUCCGUGACGACGCAUGCAAAGCCGCUGGUUGCCCGGGUGACGCAGCCGUACGAGGCAACAAAGGGCACCGAACUCACCCUGAAAAGCUGGACAGUACAUCAAAGUAUCGAAGCAGACAGGCAGUGGGUGGUGGUUUGGGGAGCUCCAGACCAGAGGCAAGGCCAGACAGACCGGCUGGUUCCCCGCAGACCACGUGGACCUCCUGCAGAAGAAGGCCAACGUCGCCAACACCACACCCCCUCCGCCGUCGUCGGGGCAACCGUCAUCGGGGCAACAACAGCCAACCGGGGUUGCUGGGGGAGCUACAGGUGGUGUACUAGGAACUCAGAGAGCGAGAAGUCCGCUGAUCGACAUCCUGGACCCGCCGGACCCAGGCGCUCUCUCUCAGAACCUCGUCCUGGCUCUCUACACGUACACCGCAGUCUCCGGCGACGAACUCACCUUCCACAAGGGCAGUGUGAUCACGGUACUGUCAAAGAAAGGGGACUGGUGGAAAGGAGAGCUGAAUGAGGCCGUCGGCCUCUUCCCAUCUAAUUACGUCCAGCCACUCAACGAGAAUCUGACGGCAGUCGAGGCCACAAGAUGGGCGGCGUCGGUGAGCCCAGACGUGUUGGCUAGUGUCACAAAGACGGAGAGGAAGAGACAAGAAGCCAUCUUCGAACUUCUCUCGUCGGAACGGAACUACACAGACAGUCUCAAGUUCGUCCGAGAGGUGUUCUUCGAGCCGAUGGCUGGAAGCGGUGUUCUGACUGACGAGGAGAUGAGUCGUGUUCGUGUGAAUUGGGACGAACUCAUAUUGUGCAACGGAGCCAUGCUCAAUGCCUUCCUGGUGCGGCUCCGGACGUCUGGCUCCGUGGUGAAAGCCAUCGGCGACAUUCUCCACACGCAGAUCCCUCUCCUCGUCCCCCACAUUCGCUGGUGCAGCUGCCAGCUCACGGCGUGUACCCUACUCCAGAGCAAGACGACGGACCCACAGUACAAGGAGUUUGAGCAGAAGUGCUCCGAGGACCCGCGGGCAGCUGGUUUGCCUCUCAGCUCCUUUCUCCUGAAACCGAUGCAACGGAUCACCAAAUACCCUCUUCUGAUUCAGAGAAUCCUGGACUACACCCCAGAAGGCCACAUGGACUACGAGGAGUUGAGUGGAGCGCUGGACGAGUCCCUGAGACUGUGCCACUCUGUCAACGAGGCCGUGAGGUCUAAGGAGAACACAGAGCAGCUGGAAUGGCUUCAGACAAACGUCCAGUUCAGUCUCGACGAGACACUGGUGUUCAACUCUCAGACCAAUUUCAUGGGCCAGCGCAAGCUGCUGCACUGGGGGAAAUUGUUCAAGAUUCGAGGGAACCGAGAUCUUGUCGGCUUCCUCUUCAACGACUUUUUCCUCCUCGUUAAGCCGAAGAAUUUCUUCUCGCGAGCGGCCACGCCCACUGAACUGGAGCCGUUUGGAAAGAAUGAGUUUGUCAUGUAUCGCACGCCAUAUCUACUGGGAGACACUAUUGUUAACAAAGCACCUCCUGAUCAAUACGGGCCGUCUGUCUUCCUCAUGAACUAUCCAUCGGAGGAGAAAGACAUCCCUCUGAAAGCAGACAGUGAUCCUGCCAGAGACGUGUGGAUCAGAGUCGUCCAGGAUGCCAAGCACGAGUAUUUGAAGACCAAACGAAGAAGCGAACAAGAGAUGAAAAAGAAAUGGGCCCACACAAUGAAGCACACAGUAGGGGUGCUAAAGGUGACGGUGGUGAAAGCUGAAGACCUGACUGCCAGCGACCCAAACGGAAAAAGCGACCCGUUCUGUGUCCUCCAUUUCAAUCAGCAGGAAGAGAACACACCCGUGGUUUCAAACAGCCUCAACCCCAAGUGGAACUACACCAUGCAGUUCAAUGUUCAUGACCUGAAUAAAGAUGUACUGGAGAUCACCGUGUUCGAUCAAGACAUAUUCUCACCCAAUGAUUUCCUGGGGUGUGGUCGAGUGGUGUUGAAGGACCUGCUACAAGAAGGGGACAGCCCCUGGCAUAAGCAGGUGCUUCUGGAGGACGUGUCGCGUGGAGAGUUGGAGCUGGUGAUUGAACUGACUCUCAACAAGUCUGAUCUACUUUUAUGACUUUCUGUUUCAAUUCCUGGACUCGAUUAUUGUAAUAAUUAGAAGAGAUACACCUGCUGCUAAUUUUAUGGAGGAUAAUUUUUUUAUCAUAACCGCACCGUUCAAAAGUUCAAAA